AUGGCAAAGAUUCUCCAGAAUAGGAGGGUCAAUAUAGCGUGUGUGCAGGAGACUAGGUGGGUAGGAUCGAAGGAUGUAGACGGGUAUAAAUUGUGGCUCUCCGGAGUCGUGAAGGGCAAGAACGGAGUGGGCAUUUUGGCAGAUAGAGAGCUUAGAGAGUCGGUGGUAGAGGUCAGAUGGGUGAAUGACAUAUUGAUGGCGAUUAAGGUAGUAGUUGGAGGGAGCACUCUGAAUGUCAUUAGCGCUUACGCGCCGCAAAAAGGCUUGGACGAGGAGGGUAUUCCGCCUACGGAGAAGCUAUUCAUAGGAGGGGAUUUCAAUGGUCAUAUUGGGUCGUCUGCUGGUGGCUAUGGUGAGGUGCACGGUGGCUUCGGCUUUGGUGAUAGGAACGGGGGUGGUACCUCACUGUUGGAUUUCGCUACAGCUUUUGAGUUGGUGAUCGGGAUUUCUAUGUUUCCGAAGAGGGAGGAACAUUUGGUUACUUUCCCGAGUAUGGUGGCUAAGACCCAGAUUGACAUGUCCUCCUCAUGA